AUGGCGGCAUACCUCACCCAGCGAAUCUGCCAUCCUCAUCAUGGCAUCCCUGUCUCUCGACCAGAGACUCCUGCACCCGAAAAGGAGAUCAAAUGCCAUCAGCCAAUUUACAACAAGGCUUCCAAGGGUGUCCCCUUCUUCACCCCAGAGCAGGAUCCCCGAUCUGGAACGGCCAUCCAGCCUCAGCCCUCGGGAAAGCCCAUCCCCAAGCUCUUCACACCCUUGAAGAUUCGUGGUAUCGAAAUGCAAAACCGCAUCUGGGUAGCUCCAAUGUGCCAGUAUAGUGCUCAUGAAGGCUUCCAUACUCCAUGGCACAUCACCCACUAUGGCGGGAUGCUGCAACGCGGCCCCGGCCUUGUGAUGAUUGAGGCGACCGCAGUGCAAGCAAACGGUCGCAUCACACCCGAAGACUCGGGCAUUUGGCUAGACGCCCAUGUCGACACCCUCAAGAAGCACGUCGACUUCGCUCACAGCCAAAACGCCCUUAUCGGCAUCCAACUCGCCCAUGCCGGUCGCAAGGCUUCUACCGUAGCUCCCUGGCUGAGCUCUGGAGCCACAGCAUCCAAAGAAGUCGGCGGAUGGCCAGAUGACGUGGUCGGUCCCAGUGACGAAGCUUUCAACGAGCAUUUUCCUACUCCUCGCGCAAUGACUAUCGCCGAGAUUGAUCAGUUCAAACACGAUUUCAUCUCGGGCGUCAAUCGCGCUGUCGGGGCUGGCUUUGACGUCAUCGAAUUACACUUUGCCCAUGGGUACCUCGUCUCGAGCUUCUUCUCCCCCGCCGUCAACAAGAGGACGGAUAAAUACGGAGGGUGCUUUGAGAACCGUAUUCGUUUGGCUCUUGAGCUCGUUGACGCGACGAGAGAGGCGAUUCCCAAGGAUAUGCCUCUGUUUGUCCGCAUCAGUGCUACUGAGUGGCUCGAUACCAACCCCGACUGGAAGGGAGAGAGCUGGACCAUUGACGAAAGCGUCAAGCUCGCUAAAAUCCUGGCUGAGCGGGGCGUUGAUGUCCUCGAUGUGUCAAGCGGCGGCAAUCACGCACAGCAAAAGAUAAUUGGUGGUCCCGCAUAUCAGGCUCCCUUCGCCAAGAAGAUCAAGGCUGCAGUUGGAGACAAGAUGCUUGUUAGUUCAGUGGGAAACAUCAAGACCGGCCAGGUAGCUCAGGACGUUAUUGCUGGCGGCAAGGAUGCAGACGACACUCCGUUGGACCUGAUUGCAGCUGCGCGCAUGUUCCAGAAGAACCCUGGUCUCGUUUGGGCCUGGGCCGAUGAACUGGAGACGGACAUUCAUGUGGCUCAUCAGAUUGGUUGGGGAUUUGGUGGAAGAGCCCAUAAGGAUGCCUUCGGCGACGGUAAACACAAGAAGCAUUAG